CCUGCCUUUCUCUCGCAGAUGAGCUUGGCUCGCAGCCCUCUCCCCAGGGACCCGCCAUGUAUCCAGCGAGAGUUCCUGUACCCCAAGCUGCAUCUGGGGCUCCCCGGUUUCUCCCCUCGCCCCUACCAUCAGCUGGUCCUUCGGGGACCGCCCUGCACCAGCAUCAAGAGCCAGGUCCGCCAUUGCCUCCGUCGGCCCUGGCAGGAAGAGCCCGGCGGGCCCACGAAGGGCAACGCCACGUGGCUGGAGGGCCGCCGCCUGGCCCCCGUCUCCCCGGCCCGGCCCAACUGGCCCCAUGAUGGCAACAGGCCGCACUGGCUGCGGGGUGGGGCCGGGAGCUGCGGGGGGGUCAGCGGGGCGGGUAUGCCCCCGACCCGGGCCGCCAUGCCUCCCCCUUCCCAGCUGGCGCCCCACACCUACCUGCAGUUCAUCGCCACCCGGCCCCUCUUCCUGGACCCCAAGAGGAAGGAGCAGGUGGUGACGCAGAUGCUGCGGGAGCUGCAGGAGGCCGAGAAACUCAAACUGAAGACGGCGGGGAGGGUGCCCCCGCUCGACCCCAAGGGCCGCAUCCAGCAGCCCGGGUACUACAAGCGGGACCGGUUCCAGCAGGUGUCGGCCAGCAGCCAGUGCAGACCACCGGACCUCCAGCUGCAGCCCACCCAGCUCCCCGGCCUGGCGUCUGGCAGCAGCACGAGGCAGAAACCAGCCCGACAGCAGAGCAUCCCCUGGAGCUCGGUCAUAGUGUGGCACUACCCGUUGCCGGCCGGCAACCGGACGGCUUCCUCGGCCGCUCGGUUGGGUGGCCGGGCGGGAAGGGGGCCCAGGGCAGCCUAGUGUCCCAAAGGCUCCAUCUCCCAAGGCCCUCCACACCUUGGAGAGUUUAGGAUCAGCAAACGACUCCUGAUCUUCUCGAUCUCCCUGCCUUCGGGCCAGGACCAGAGAGGGUGGGGUUGGGGGGCUGCUGGGGAUCAUUUCCAACUUGGCCUGGCCUGGAACUGUGGGGCAAGAGGAAGAGUCUGCUCCUACCCCCCAAGCCCUGCCCCUCAGUUGGUAGAUAAAGGCUGGAUGAGGUGUAAUUUAGGGGGACAGUCCUGUGCCGCGUAGAGCUGGUGGGGGGCGGGGCGGGGCCAACAGGACUG